AUGUCGUACAUCGGAAAGAUAGAUAUUUUUGAUAGUUCCACGGAAGAUUGGAAUAUGUAUGUUGAAAGGCUGCAACAGUAUUUCGCUGCAAAUGAUAUUCCAGCUGAAAAACACGUUCCUGUGCUACUGAGUGCCAUGGGAGGGAAAGCUUACGGCCUCCUCCGUAGUUUAACUGCCCCAGACAAACCCGCUGAGAAAAGUUUUAACGACUUAGUCCGUGUAAUGCGGGAUCAUUUGUCACCAAAGCCAUUACUGAUCGCUGAACGCUUCAGAUUCCAUAAGCAACUGAAAAAGUUAUCAGAAUAUUGUCAGUUUGGUGACGGGCUAAACGAUGCAUUGCGUGAUCGUUUGGUUUGUGGAAUCCUUCAAGAGGGAAUCCAGAAGAGGCUGUUAACUGAGGCAGAUUUGACAUUUAAACGAGCAGUAGAAAUUGCUAUUUCAAUGGAAACUGCAACUAAAGAUGCACUUGAACUACAAAGAGGAGUGAAUACGAGCAGCGUAAAUAAAAUGGCGGCAGCCAAGAUAAACAAAGUACAUAAACGGCCCUGCUAUUGCUCUGGACGCGACUCCCAUCUUCCCUCACAGUGCCGAUUUAAAAAUGAAGAGUGCAGACAGUGCUACAAAACGGGCCAUAUUCAAAGAGUUUGUCGUAGUGGAAAGGCAAAGUUUAGUGCGGAACACAAAAUGCAUCACAGCGACAAGAAAAAUGUGCAUAAUGUUGCAGAAGUCUCUGACAUUGAUAGUGAAGAUGCAUUAGCAAGUCUGGAAUUAUUUAGCCUUAGUGGAAAAGACAAGCAGGCAAUCUGGCUCACCCCCAAGAUAGAUGGCCAGGUGGUAAAAAUGGAAUUGGACACUGGCUCAGCUGUUUCAGUUAUGUUACUGAAAGAUUACAAGGUGUAUUUCAAGAAGGAGAAGCUGCACCCCUCUUCUGUUCUUCUCAGAACAUACACAGGUGAAAAGGUUAUGCCUAUUGGAGUGCUGCAUGUGACAGUAGAGUAUAAUGGAAGAAAAGAGGUACUUGAUUUACACAUAAUACAAAAUGGAGGUGCACCAUUAUGGGGCCGUGAGUGGUUAAGAAAGUUGGGAGUUGACUGGAGAGAGAUUAAAAGCCUCCGUGUUUUGCCUGUUGUGCAACAGACUACAGAAAAGAACCUAGAGCUGAUAUUAAGAAAAGCCGCCCCGGUAUUUAAGAGUGGCAUUGGGACUCUUCAGCACAUUAGAGCUAAAAUUGUACUUAAGAGUGGUGCGACCCCACGGUUCCACAAGGCACGUCCAGUACCCUAUGCCAUCCGACCCCUGGUUGAAAAGGAAUUGGAUAGGUUGGAGUCAAACGGCAUACUUUCUAAAGUAGACUGGAGUCCUUGGGCAACCCCAGUUGUCCCAAUAAUAAAGAGAAAUGGUACAGUCAGGCUCUCUGGGACUUUAAGGUCUCCAUUAAUCCUGUGCUGCAAGCUGAACAGUAUCCUCUGCCGAGAAUUGAGGACAUUUUGCCAGUUUGUCGGUGGUCAGCGUUUUUCAAAGUUAGAUUUAGCAGAUGCAUACCUGCAGAUGGAAGUAGAGGAAGACUCUAAAGUGUUCCUGACCAUUAAUACAAUAAAGGGUCUUUAUCGUUACAACAGGCUGGUGUUUGGGGUAGCCUCUGCCCCAGCUAUUUGGCAAAGAGCAAUGGAUCAGAUCCUUCAGUCACUGCCAGGCGUCCAGUGCUAUUUAGAUGACAUUACUGUCACAGGAGCGACAGAUGAAGAGCAUUUAGAAAACCUCAAAAAGGUUCUGAAAAGGUUAGAAGAGUAUGGACUAAGAGCCAGGCGAGGAAAAUCCCGCAGAAAGGAGUUCCUGCCACAGCUGCUGCCCGAAUGCAGCGCUGGGCAUUGGUUUUUAGGUGGACACAGGUACAAGAUUGAGUACAAACGUACAGCCUGCCAUGCAAAUGCAUAUGGGUUGUCGCGACUGCCACUGGAGGCUGAAAAAGAUGAGUUUGGAGAUGAGGAAACAAUAGAUAUGAUCUCCAUCAGCCAGAUUGAAAGUCUGCCCGUCACGGCAGACAUGGUGAAAACAGAAACAAAACAUGACAAGGUCCUGUCUCAGGUGUAUGCUGCCACACUGAAUGGCUGGACAGCCCAGCACAAAUCCCUGCUGGCUGCAUAUUACUCAAGACGUGAUGAAAUUGCCUUAAAUGCUGGAUGUGUGAUGUGGGGGUUAAGAACCAUUGUACCCACUAAACUAAGACACAGAGUAUUAGAAGAGCUUCACAAGGGACAUCUAGGUGUGGUGAAAAUGAAGACACUUGCCAGAAGUUUUGUGUGGUGGCCAGGCAUUGAUGAAGACAUCGAGAAAAUAGCGCAGCAAUGUAGUGGCUGCCAGAUGGUUCAGAAUGAGCCAGAACGUGCACCACUUCACCCAUGGGAAUGGCCUACAUUACCAUGGCAGCGGCUUCAUAUCGACUUUGCAGGACCAUUCAUGGGGACAACUUUCCUGGUGGUAGUCGACGCAUGCUCUAAAUGGCCAGAGGUUUUCAUUAUGAGCUCCACCACUACUUCUCACACUAUUGAAGUACUAAGGGAUUUAUUUGCUAGAACUGGAGUUCCACAACAACUAGUGAGUGACAACGGACCCCAGUUCACAGCAACAGAUUUUCAGGUAUUCCUCCACAAAAAUGGCAUACGGCACAUUACAUCUGCCCCAUGGCAUCCAGCCACAAAUGGCCAGGCAGAGAGGUUUGUGCAAAGUUUGAAACAAGCCCUUCGAGCAAUGACAAAUGAGAAGCUGACCCUUCAGCAAAAAUUGGCCAACUUCUUAUUUGCAUAUCGGAAUUCCAUCCAUGCUACAACUAACCAGACUCCAGCUAUGUUGUUCUUUGGGCGUCCUCUUCGCUCUAGAUUAGACCUGCUGCAACCAAAUAUUAAGCAGACUGUGCAAGACAGACAAAUCAAACAAGGCCAUAAAGCAACAGAAAAGGUUACACGGAGCUUUGCCAUUGGACAAUCAGUUCUUGCCAGGAGCUACAGAGGAGAUCAGAAAUGGGUUCCUGCACUAGUGAAAGAGCAAACUGGUCCCUUGUCAUACAAGGUAGAGGCUACUCAAGGUGUCAUAUGGCGACGUCCUGUCGACCAGUUGAGAAAAUCAGGGUUGGUUAGAGCUGAAGAGAUACCCACACUGCCUGUUGACUCCCCUGCUGUUGCUCCUAUCAACUAUCCAGAGCACUUACCAUCUCCUCAAGCAGCACAAGUACAGAGCCCAUGUGUAUUAUCUCCAUCACAUUCUGCAGAGGCUAACACUGCUGUAACAAUUCAAGAAAAAUUACCCUGUGAAGAGAGACGUUACCCAAUUCGCAUACGCAAGCCUCCACAGAGGCUAAUUGAAAAUUAA